AUGGCUUUUUCCGUCAAAGGAAAAUCUGCCAUUGUAACAGGUGCAAGUUCAGGCAUCAACUUAUGUUUCGCCAAACUCCUGCUUGAGAAUGGGUGCAACGUCCUAAUCGCAGACUUGGCCCUUCGACCUGAGGCGCAGGUGGUGGUUAGCAAUUACUCUGGUCAGUCAAAUACACCCAAUCGAGCCGUCUUCCAGAAAACAGAUGUCGUCGACUGGGAGCAGCUAGAGAGAAUGUUUGAGGUUGCGGUGAAAGAGUUUGGUGAUGUCGACAUUGUAUGUCCAGGUGCUGGGAUCUACGAACCGCACUGGUCCAAUUUCUGGCGACCUCCCGGGACUCCAGAAAGCCGUGAUCCACGAGAUGGAGGUCGAUACGCGUUGCUGGACAUCAACCUGACACAUCCGAUCCGCACGACUCAGUUGGCUAUAUCUCACUUUCUGCGCAAUCAAAGUAGCAAAAGACCGAAGCAUAUCAUCCAUAUUUCCAGUAUCGCGGGGCAGAGCCCAACACUGGCCGCGCCAAUAUAUGUAGCUACGAAACAUGCCAUCAAUGGCCUGGUGAGAUCGUUGGCCAAGCUUGACAGCAAAUUUGGCAUCCGUGUGACUGCUGUUGCACCGGGGGUUAUCAAAACACCUCUGUGGACGGAUCAUCCAGAAAAGCUGAAGAUGGUCGACGAUAAAGCCGACGAAUGGGUAACUCCAGAAGAGGUGGCUGCAGUGAUGCUGGCUCUCGUUCAGCAGGACACUGUCAGCGAGGUUAUUGGCGACAGAUCAGGCCAAGGCACUCAAUUCCCCGUGCAAGGGGGGACCAUCUUAGAAGUCUCCAAGAGCGUUCGCGCUGUCAGUCCAUUCAAUGACCCUGGACCAGGAGGACGACCGGGAAACACUGUGUCGGAUAUGAACAAGGUAGAGGAUGAGGUAUAUGAUCUGCUUUCGGGGGAAGGAUGGGGAGCGUCAAAGCCCUCGUGCCCACUACCCUUAUCAGUUAGAGAAUCAUCCGCCACCUCACCACAGAUGAUGGGAGAGGAUGCUGUAGUCGGGGUCGGCCCCGGCGAUGGACUCCGGAAUUCAUCGCGACGACGUGGAGCACGGGGAAAACGAGCGUCCGGGUUUCAAGGUGAUGCCAGUUGGAUCAGCUGCGUGAUCAACCUUGUCAAUACGAUCAUCGGUGCCGGCGUUCUGGCGAUGCCGCUCGCCAUCUCUCGAAUGGGAAUCGUUCUCGGUAUCUGCGUCAUUCUUUGGUCCGGAAUCACCGCUGGACUCGGUCUUUACCUUCAGGCUCGAUGCGCACAGUACCUCGAUCGAGGCAGGUCGUCUUUCUUCGCCCUAUCGCAGCUCACAUAUCCCAAUGCGGCCGUUGUUUUCGACGCUGCUAUCGCGAUCAAAUGUUUUGGAGUUGGGGUCAGUUACCUCAUCAUCAUUGGUGACUUGAUGCCAGGUGUGGUACAGGGCUUCGUUGGUAGCACUCCAGCAUAUGACUUCUUGGUGGACCGGCAUUUCUGGGUUACUGCUUUCAUGUUGAUUGUCAUUCCUCUCUCUUAUCUCCGACGUCUGGACUCACUGAAGUAUACGAGUAUCGCCGCUCUGGUGUCAAUGGGCUACUUGGUCAUACUGGUUGUCUAUCAUUUUGUAAAGGGAGACACAAUGGACGAUCGGGGCCCUGUCCGUGUGAUUCAUUGGGCUGGUCCCAUCCCAGCUCUCAGUAGUCUUCCGGUCAUCGUCUUUGCGUUCACGUGUCAUCAGAAUAUGUUCUCUAUAUUGAACGAAAUUAGCAACAACAGUCACUUCCGGGUGACCGGCGUUGUUCUAGCCAGUAUCGGAAGCUCCGCAGCCACCUACAUUCUCGUGGCUAUCACAGGCUAUCUCUCUUUCGGAGACAACGUCGGGGGUAACAUUGUGAGCAUGUACCCACCAGGUGUCUGGGCGACCAUUGGACGUGCCGCUAUCGUCAUGCUUGUUAUGUUUUCAUACCCGCUUCAAUGCCACCCGUGUCGAGCGUCUAUUGACGCAGUGCUUCGCUGGAGACCUAAGCCUGCUGCUGGAAGCGAGAGCUCGCCUCACCGUCACCCUCUGCUCGGGCCAAGGGGCCACCGAGCUCCCGAGCCCAUGAGUGAUCUGCGGUUCUCGAUCAUUACGACGACUAUUCUUAUUCUAAGCUAUAUCGUGGCGAUGACCGUCUCCUCGCUUGAAGCGGUAUUGGCGUACGUUGGUAGCACCGGAAGUACUAGCAUCAGCUUCAUCCUUCCGGGCCUUUUCUACUAUAAAAUUUCGUCUCCUGACUCGCCAACCCAUCAGCGACUCAUGAAAGAAGAUGACGAAGCAGUUGAGAACAUUCUCUCCGACGACGACAAUGCCGACGAAAACGAUAUCGAGGGCGGCCAGAACCUACCACUUACCGACAGCGCAAUUCUCCGACUCACCAACCGACACUGGCGCCGAGGCUUGCUGCGAAAGCUGAGUUUAGCGCUCGUGGUAUACGGCGUCCUUGUCAUGAUCGUUUGUUUGAUUGUGAAUACAUUCUUCAUCGCUUCGCACUGA